GGUGCCAAUCUGUUGCAACACUUCUAGCACACAGCCAGCUAUGGCCAAUUUGGAGUCCCCGUUACUCUAACAUAUAUGUCACUGGGAGCAAAAUUGUAAUAAAACCCAAAACAAAUAGGUCAGAUUGAAAUGUAAGAUGCAGAAUUCAUAAGGCUGCCAUCCUAACCACCAUGCCACCAAGUUUGUAAUACUGUACUGAGUAGACAAACUCUUAACCAACAGCACACUUUCUCUAAUUGGCAAACCACUAAACAUUUGUUUUGUUCACAUUUGGUAAUGUUGACUGUAAAACUAUUAAAAUAUAUUAUGAAAUUAAAUGUAUUGUUUUAUAGACCUAUUAAAAGCUGUAAUGAAUGGUACUGACCUUGACCCAUCAAUUGAUUCUGAGGUGUUGACUAGCCUGCUUAUAAGAAACAUAUGUUGCUUGAUUCUCAAAUUUGCUGUUUUUAGAAUCAUAGAUAUACUUUAGUUAAGGGGGCUGUUUAGGGGGAGGAAUAUAAAGAAGUCGGAGCUUUGAGCUUCUCCUUAAGCUGUAGUCUACAUCAUCAGUACAGCCUGGGAACUGAUCACUGAUAACUGCACAGACUAGCAAAAAGCGUCUACUAAAUCAAUUUAAAAAUGCAGACUGGGGCUUUUGCCUUCCUCAUUUUCUGCCUGAUUAUUUCCCCAGAGUUUCUGAUAUUUUCCAAACCAAACGUAGUGAAGAGUACCUGGGUGAUUCCACCGAUCAAUAUUCCUGAAAACCAGCGAGGUUCUUUCCCCAAGUUUGUGGCACAGAUCAAAUCUGAAAAGGCAAAGGAAUCCAUUAUACACUAUGGUAUAACUGGACCAGGUUCUGAUUUACCCCCAGCAGGACUAUUUAAAAUCGACAGAGACAGUGGAUGGUUACUAGUAACUGAACCCUUGGACCGAGAGAAGCAGUCUGAAUAUUUGCUUACUUUACAUGCUGUUUCAAUAAGUGGAACUGUAGCAGAAGAACCUAUGGAGAUUGCAGUAACUGUGCUGGAUCAAAAUGACAACAAGCCUGAAUUUAUCAGCAAAACCUUUCUAGGAAAAGUGAGGGAAGGAUCAGCACCAGGUGUUACAUUUAUGACUGUAACUGCCAUAGAUAAAGAUGAUCCAAAUUCAGACAAUGGCAUUUUAAUAUAUUCAAUUUUAAGUCAAAGUCCACCUUUCCCAAAUCCACACAUGUUUACCAUCAACCAGGCUACUGGAUCCAUUAGUGUGAAUUCUCCAGGUCUGGAUCGAGAGAAAUCAUCUAAAUAUGACCUAAUAGUCAUGGUUGCUGAUAUGACUGGGGUGGGGCUUUCUACAACUGCUACAGCCAUUAUUGAUGUUGUGAGCAAGGAUGAAAAGAUUGAUUUUCCAAUGACUUCCUUCCCAAAUGGAGUGAAAGACACCAAGGUGAUCCCACCGAUUAACAUCCCUGAAAAUCAGAGAGGUGCUUUCCCAAGCAACUGGCUCAGGUUUGUAGUAUAUAUCAAAUCCAGCAAGUCGAAGGGAUCCAUUGUACACUAUACCAUAACUGGACCAGGUGCUGAUUUGCCCCCAGCAGGACUAUUUAAAAUCGACAGAGACAGUGGAUGGUUACUAGUAACUGAACCCUUGGACCGAGAGAAGCAGUCUGAAUAUUUGCUUACUUUACAUGCUGUUUCAAUAAGUGGAACUGUAGCAGAAGAACCUAUGGAGAUUGCAGUAACUGUGCUGGAUCAAAAUGACAACAAGCCUGAAUUUAUCAGCAAAACCUUUCUAGGAAAAGUGAGGGAAGGAUCAGCACCAGGUGUUACAUUUAUGACUGUAACUGCCAUAGAUAAAGAUGAUCCAAAUUCAGACAAUGGCAUUUUAAUAUAUUCAAUUUUAAGUCAAAGUCCACCUUUCCCAAAUCCACACAUGUUUACCAUCAACCAGGCUACUGGAUCCAUUAGUGUGAAUUCUCCAGGUCUGGAUCGAGAGAAAUCAUCUAAAUAUGACCUAAUAGUCAUGGUUGCUGAUAUGACUGGGGUGGGGCUUUCUACAACUGCUACAGCCAUUAUUGAUGUUGUGAGCAAGGAUGAAAAGAUUGAUUUUCCAAUGACUUCCUUCCCAAAUGGAGUGAAAGACACCAAGGUGAUCCAC